CAAGAUAGAAAGUAGUUGUAAGCUUCUCAAACAUCAUCUCGCUCGUCGAAACUCACCUAUCAAGCUGGUCUAAAAGCGACUCCAACAAUGGCACCUCCCAAGCCAAUCACUGCCAAAGAGGCCAUCAAAUCUGCGGUCCCGGACCUUAAAGUCGGGCCUUAUCAUACCACCUCAAACGCUUUCCAUCGUGUCGAUUUCGUUGGGGAUCUUGCCCCAUGGGCAAACUUCAACGAAGAUGCAUGGCAGUAUAGCAACGCAACGAACUGGGCGGGCCACAAGUCGGUCCUGGGCUUCGAGCCCAAAGGGACGAUGAAGUUUUACACCGCGCACGAGCACGUGGCAGUUGGGGACGAGACGGGAGUUCAAGGCCGAUUCAAUCAGAAUGUUGGACAAACUCUCACGGCGGCGUGCGGGGCCUUCGGACUGGAUCUAUCUUUCGCCGACUAUAAGGCCUGCGCAGAUGGAUCUCUUCUGGGGCGCGUGCCUGAUUCCAUCUGCAUGACCAGCCAGGGGGCCCUGCGCGCCGUCGGAGAAAUCAAGACGCCGUGGGUAGCUGCGCAUCACAUCCAAAACAUGGAUAUUGGAUACUCAGACAAGCAGCGGCGUCGAGCCUUGGGCCAGAUUUCCCUCUAUAUGCGCUCCGCGCAUAUCCGGUAUGGCUUUUUAUCGACUUAUGAUAGCACGGUCUUUUUGCGCCAGGUGGAAAAGGCCGGGGGGCAGUGGGGGUUGGAGUACAGCGAGCCUGUCUCGAAUGAUCAGGCCGCUGGGGGGAAUGCCGGGGAGAUAACCCUUCGAGAGGGCUUUUGGUUCUUGCUCGGAGAAGCGUCGGGGGCCAAUUACAUGGCCAAUAACAAUACCCCCGUCGGAAACUGGACCAAGUAGAUAGGUUACGUUGAAGUAUUUGG